GAGAGAGCUUGUUCCAUUUGUCUGGAUUUCUUCACCGACCGGGUUAUGCUGGAUUGUGGGCACAACUUGUGCCGCUCCUGUAUCACCCAGAGUUGGGAAAAGCAGGAGAUGAACUCCUGCCCGGAAUGUAGGCAGGACAUUCCAGAAAGAAACCUAAGGGUAAAUCGGGCCUUAGCGAAUCUGGCCAAGAAAGUUCGAAAAUUAAAGCUGGAUCCCCAAGGGAAGGAAAGUAAACUUCACCGUGAGGAACAUGAGGAAGAACUGAAGUUGUUUUGUGAAACUGACAUGAAAUUGAUCUGUUACACUUGUGCAGUUUCCCGGGAACACACAUCUCGCAACUUCAUAUCAAUUAAAGAAGCUGUUGAAAUCUACAAGGAAGAAAAUUGUGAGAAAAGCAGUUUCUGUGACCUUGAUGAGGAAACAGCAAAUCCAGGGCUUGAGUCGUCUAAUGAUCUGAAAAGUGAGAUGGACCAGCAUUGUAAAGAGCCUCCAUGAUAACACAAAAAGGUUUACAAUGUGAAAUCUGUGCUGGGAUCAAUAGGAUUCACAUCAGGGAGACAUUACCUGGAAGUGGAAGUGUCAGGGACUCAGCACUGGAGACUGUAUUGGGAACUGAGUACAGUAGAAAGUCUCCAAUGAUAGAAAGAGGAAAAAAGCAGCUCAUUGAAUCCUGUAGUCCAGACUGGUGGAACUGAACUGCGUCUCCAUAAAUUUUCUUCUUGUUCUUCUACCCUUCAUAUUAAUGUCUUGUCUGUGUGCAUCUCUCUGUUUAUUUGUGAAGGGGGACUUUAAGAAGCGAUAAAGCCUUAGUUGUUGGGUUAUAAGUUAGCUAUUUGUAUUUCUGAAAUGCCAUUAGCUAAAGACAAUUCAGUUGUAAUAAAACAGCUUUUUGUCAAUUACAGAAACUGGUGAGUGUUAUUUUUUAACUUAAGUUCAUCAGUCAGGAAAAUUGGGGACUUUGGUCAAUUUAACUAAGCUUUUCACAUUUGUGAUGAG